AUGGUCACAGCAUCGGCUACGCCACAAGAGCCGGAACCAGCUCUGCGAGGGGGAAACAAUAGGGACUCCCCUCCGAAGGCCCGGAAGAGAACCCCGAAACUGGUCCGCCUCUCCUUUCCUCUGACGCCGCCGAGUCUCCCGAAAACCUGCAAGGCCUACUUGCAACCGAGCAGCUGCCGGUCCUCUCCUAGCCGGGUCUCCCGGACAGCACAGCCCUGCCGCCCCCAACAGGGCUGCCUCGCACUUCCAACCUCACUCCGGAGUCCCGGCCGCCGCCGCUCCGUCUCCGUCCCCGCUCCCGUCCAGCACACCGCUCGCCCAGAGCACUCCGCCGCUCCUCCUCCAGACCCCGCACACACCGCAUUCCUCGGUUCCACUCCUCUCCGCCGCCCCCGCUCCUCUCAGCCGCCACCCGCCCGUCCUCCCCGGGCCAGGCCUGGGCCUCGGGCUUCCGCCUCAAAGCGCGCCCCGACGCCCGCCCCAGGGGGCUCCCCGCGACCCCCAGGGCCCUGUCAACCCCGACCACACCGCCUCACCCCACGCCCCGCAGCUCGGGCCCGAGUCCUACCACCGAGGCCACUCCCGCUCCGCACCCUCGGUCCUUUAUUGUUGACUCGAAGCUCCCAAAAUGGCGGCGGCUCCUUCCUCCUCGGAAACCUCCGCCCGCCCCCACCCGGCCCCUCGCCGCUACGCCCGCCGCCCCGCCCCCGCCGCGCCGCUCGCCGCUCGCCGCCCGCGCCGUCGCCACCGCCACCGCCACCGCCACCCCGCUCUACCUCGGCCGCAGCCCGCUGUGCCGGCGCCCCCGAUGUCGCCGCCGGGCUGAGCUGA